CCUAGUAGGUAUUUGCACUAAGUUGGACCCGGGGUGUUAUGUUAUUAUAUUAGACGUUAAUGCAUAGCUGGUUCAAAUCCAAAAAAGCUUUGGUAUGCUCCGCCCACGAGAGUAGAUUGACCAAACUAUUGCUGUUGCGAUUGCGCGAAACUCAGUCACACGAUCAAUGGAAACUUCCAAGAAAAAAGUCCUUGUCAUUCUAGAAAGGGGGAGCUUCCUCUUCAGGUUUCUCUUUAUUGGAGUGCUUCCUGAAGACAGAGAUAUUGCUCAAUGGAUGACGAAAACUAUCAACGAUAUCGAUUGAUUAUAGGUGUUACUGUGUUAGAUCAUAGAUGUCAUUUCUAGAAUAAUCAAUCAAUAUCGUCACCUGCACCUAACCAAAAUUGGACCCGUUUUGGUAUUCCAUACAAAUCUGGAACCUCGUUCAGUUCAAUUUCUGGGAAGAAAUGACAGACUGCAGUUACUACUUACUAUGCCGGUCGUUCUUUCUUCAAAGAAAAGAGCUUCCAGAAAGAGACCAACAUGUUAGCCUCUCACAACUUCCAGAUCUCUGUGAGGAAUAUUAUCAAACAGGUGGUGCGCAUUGCAAUAACCAAUGUACGGCCGCCUGUUUUCACAGCGAAUAGGGAAGCAAAAAACUAAUGACCUUCUCUUUUCCCCCACCAAUGAGCAGAGCCAUGUGAACCCCAAUUGAUAUGGUUAUGGACUUAUUGGGCCCCUCAACAGAAGCCCAUUUGCUGACCUUGCAGCUUCCACUUGCCCUUUUCUCCAUUGGUAACUGGCAAAGUAUGGCACUCCACUCCCUUCUCCACCUCACAAACCCUUAUAAAUAGUCCUCAAGCAUACCCUCUCAGAACAUUCAGCAGCAGAUUCAAACAAUACCCAGUUGCCAAAACAGAGCAUACUUCAAUCCAGACCCACAAAGACAUAAACUUUAUCCCAAAAUUCGACAUGGGUAUCGGUCGAUUCGCGUCAACGGUGCUCAAUGUGAAGCACAAGAUGAAAGGGAAGUCUCUGAUUCACCAUCACCACUGCAGCGACCAUCAACACAGUCAAAAUCGAGGUCUCGGUGUACCAAAGGGGCACGUUGCGGUUUACGUAGGGGAAGUGGAGAUGAUGAUGAAGAGAUUCGUGGUGCCGAUUUCGUAUUUGAGCCAUCCUACAUUCCAAGACUUGCUUAGGAAAGCAGAGGAAGAGUUUGGGUUUGAUCAUCCAAUGGGUGGCCUCACCAUCCCUUGUAGAGAGGAUGCCUUCAUUGAUCUUUUGGCAUCCCAUUUACAUUGAUUAGUUAGUUUAGUUUAGUUCCUCUUGUGAAAGAUGAUGAGGAUUAUGGAAGCCCUCCACAUUUUUUCCAUAUGUGGCUUAGCUAGGACAUAGUUAGUAAGUUUUGUUCUAAUCAAGUAUUCAUCCACCUUUUGUAUAAAAGUUUCAAGCUUCUCCAUUUCAUUUCCUUGUGGAUCUAAUGGUAUAAUUCAAAAAUAGUAUCCAUAUAAGUAAAUAUUAAUAAAAAUUCAGAUAUAAUUACUACGAAACGAGCUAAAUAUGAAUAAGAAUUACUCCUCGUUUCACUUUACUCAUGGGACGGAUAAUACCCAUUUAAGAGGGAUUGGAAUAAUUUGAGUUAUCAUCCCUAAUACCAAUACUAGCCUACAACUGAUUGCUUACAGGAUUAAAUAAAAAUAAUAUAUAAUUAAGUUUUAACUUAAACUAUGUAUUUUAUUAUUCUAUCUAAAGACUAAAAGUCAAGUUUUUUUGGGAGGAGCAAAAUGGCAUUAUUGAUUCUCUCAUUUGGUCAGAACAGUUUGUAGUUUUUGAACCCAUCAUGUGAAUGUGAUUCACAAUUGACAGAAUAAGUAAGUUAAGACAAAUUUCAGUUUUUGAUUAGAUCAUAAGAGGAAUAAAAUUUGAUUAUUGAGCAAAUAUGGUUGUGGUGAUUAGAAUUAUGAACGUUUCCAAUAAAAAGCAAAGAUAGUAGAAAUAAUCGAUAAAAAAAGAUAGUUGCAAUUAUGAAUCCAAUAAGCAAAUCUUAUAUGAAACACAUGGUGAGCCUUAUAUGAAAAACAUUUGUAAUUUAUAGAGCAUUUAUCGUAUAUAUUGUAAUUAAGGAGCACGAAUAAUAAGAAGAGUGCGGAUCUGAUAACUUUGUUUGGACAUUUAUUUAAAUAUUGUGGAAGAUGAGUUUCUGAUAGGGAAAAAUUAUAGAAGUUAAAGUGUCUAGAGUGAACAGUUUACAUGUGUUUGGUUGGAGUUGAGCGACCUGCUGUAUGAAACCUUCGAAAUAACCACGUACGAAGAAAAAAAAAGCUCAGAUCUUCAAAAUAAUUUAGUAAAAUUCUUCAGCAUUGAAAGUCAUUUACUCACAAAUGAGAUAAAUUGCACCUUAUAUAUAGUCGGCCAACCAAACGCGUAGGCAUGCAACGAUAGCCUUCCAUCCUCUUACCACCGAUGAAUCUAUCUCUGGACGUAACAUAGCAAACUCAUUUGUGGGUCCUUAAAAACGUACGUACGGCCUCUGUACAAUCUUUCUUCACAUAUCACCAUAUGUAUCGGGCGAGGAUGACCGAAUCCAAGCGUCCAAUCGAUAUCUCGCCGACUCAAAUGUGCAAACACCACAAUGGCAAGUCAUUGAAAUGAUUUAUUGAUAAUAACAUACAGCACACAUAUGCAAUACCCAAUAAAUAUGGCAGGUCAUUGAACCCCAAUUGUUAUACAGCCAUCGAUUUGGAAUCAUUGAUGUCAUCAACAGGAAGAACAAACGAGCUGAGGAUAAACAAACGGGUUCAGAAAUUAUGGAGAAGAUAUAUCAAAGUGAAAGUGGAUGCAAUUGCAAUGUGCAUGCUUUCAUCAUAUGAUACUGCUCCGAAAAUACCAUUACCAGGCUGCAUGCGCCCACUGUUUUUGCAGAGUUAAAUUCCAAAAGUUCUUGGAUGAUGUCAAAGUUUUCCCAUUCCCAUGUUUAUAUAUGAGCAAAUUAUGGAGGAUAUUAUCAAAAUAUCCACCAUUAUUAUUAUGUCAUAUAAAAUACUAAGCUACCAACAUCACACACACACACAAAAAAAACAUAUUUUUAGUUGAGUUACACAAUACGGUUUCCCCAUCUUUCACCAAAAAUCACGAUGUUGUUGUUGAGUUAAAAAUACGAGCUUAUUAGAGUAAUAAUUCAUUCUUCUCUUGUUUUGGUCGAGUAGCUUUUUUCCUUCGCUUUUGAAUAAAAAAGUGUGUAUCAC